AUGGAAGAGGACGACGACCCUUUAUGGCGAAGAGAGGCUGUGGUCAAGCCGAAGUCUCUGAACGAGGACCCCUUUAAUGUUCUCGCAGAGGAACAGGCCGUGGAGGCCUGCAAGAUGGGUUUCGAGGUAGCCACCGAACUCAUGGAGACUGACUUGGUCUUUAGCUCCUGCGGAAGCCUUGUGAAAGGCACACCCGAUGGUGGCUUUGUGGACACCGACGGUCUCUUGAGGUUAGUUCAGGUGGUGCGAGUGCCCCUCUUACCGGACAUGGACGAAGAUGAGGUUGCGGAUGUGCUUUUCGACACUGUGCUUGCAAAGGUGGUGAAGUCGCAGACAUGGAUGAAGGAGACUGGCACUUUGCCCCAUGAGUUCAUCAUCUUCUGCUGGCUUCCCCCCGUCGGAGCCUACCAGGCUUGCCUGACCGAAACAGACGCCCUCUUAUGGACGGAAGCAUUGAUCUCCAACGUCCGGGCCGGUGGCUGGCCCUUCAGCCUUGUCGUGAAAGUUCCUGAGCAGCCCUGCAACAUCUUUCCCAGGAACUUCGGCCUGCGAAACUUUCGCCGGGAAAAGGCGGACUACUUCACCGAGUUAAGCUUCUUCCUGAGACCCGAGGACUUCGAAGAUGCAGACGAGGACGAGGUCUUUGCAUGGGAUCUGUUCAAUGACCUCGUGACCACGGAGCCGGAUGUGGUUCCAGAGGAACAACUCUUAAUGCGCAUGCCCUUCUAUGGAACACCAGCAUUCAAGCUGCUUACGCCCUUGGAGGACGGCAGUGACGUCGAGAAGGCCAACGUCGCAAAUCUCGUUGCUUUCGCCAUUAUGGUGGUGGAGUCGAGGAUCAAUAGGGGCCAGGAAGAUGGUAAGUUCCAAUGUGGCCAGGGGGAUGGCGAGACAAUGGAUCAAUCUAAGCGAAUCCGAGAGGGACUCGGACCUUUUUGGAGCUUCUCUCAUGCAUCAGAGCGAGGAUUGGACGACAGCAACGAAUACACCUUCGAUGCAGAUUCCGACUUCUUGCUUUGGGGAGAGCGUGAGGGGAUUCCACGCGCAAGGUUGGUCAUUGUCGAUGCCCCGGGCUCUUGUCGCGGGGAGAUGUCUGAGGGGCGCUCGGGAAGUUCACGGCCCUUGUAUUUGCAAGCCCUUGGGGAAAAGGGAACGAACCUGCAGGACCUCUUUGCCGACCUCAGUUUCAAGAAGGAGUAUGGUCUCGGGGCCGUGAACUCCAUCAACUGGGCCCGCAUCAUGUUUCAAAUCACGUACUACUUCUACACCUACUACAAGCUCUUUCCGAACUGCGACGGGGAGAUUAGCUUCAGCGUGCCCACGGGCAACUUUGGUGACAUCUUAGCCGGGUACUAUGCCCGACGAAUGGGCCUGCCCGUGAAACACCUCAUCGUGGCGACGAACUCCAACGACAUCCUGCACCGCUUUUUCACCAGCGGCAAGUACGACAAGUAUCCCGUGAAGCAGACGAUGUCCCCCUCCAUGGACAUCGGCAUCAGCAGCAACUUCGAGAGAUAUCUCUUCGACCUCUUUGGAAAAGAUGCCCAGAAGCUUUCCAAGGCAAUGCUGGACUUCAAGUCUUGCGGCAAGCUUCAUGUGGACGGCGAGGAACUUCAAAGGGCGCGGAAAGAUUUCGUGUCGGCUUGCGCGACCGAGCAGCAUCAGACAGACACGAUCAGGCAGUACGAAACCAGCUUCGGCUACACCCUUUGCCCCCACACUGCCUGCGGCGUCUCCGCGGUCGACCAGUUGCGGCAGAGCCUCAACUGGGCGUCUGUGCCAAACCACAAGAUGGUUGUGCUGGCGACGGCACAUCCUGGCAAGUUUGCUGAUAGCGUGAAUGCGGCAACUGGCACGCCGGUGAAACUUCCCCCAGCCUUGUCAGCUUUGCAGUCCGCACCCACCCGGUUCCAGGUCUUGGGCAACUCCGCCAAAGCCGUGCGCAAUGCCAUCGAGACUACGGUGAACGGACAG